CCUAAGGUUAGAUUUGCUGCCUUACCGUCCACAUCGCAUUGAUGUGGUAGCUUCGUUACACUUGCCCAAAGUCACACGGCUCAUGAACUUGCUUAGCUAGUAUCUAAGUAAAUGCAGGAGCUCUUCCUCUGGAGUCCCUCUCUGCUCCUCAGCACUGGGUGCUCACGUUUGAGCCCCAAAAGCCAUUGGCCGGGACGUCAGGAUGACUAAGGGUGCCAGGGCGUAGGUGAGGUGAGGGGAGUUGGCCUCCAGGGUGAGAUCAGAGCCGGGCAGGUCCACCCGGCUUCCGGAUUUCUGCUGAUCAGCACACAGCGGUCACUAGCCUCUGAGAGCCCGUACGCGCGGCGCCGACAGACCAGGCGCAGGCGGCGGGGCGCGGGAGCGGGAUGUACCUCUCCUGGGUCGCCGACCCCCGAAGACCUCUGCGCCGGAGGCGGACCGGCAGGGAUGGCGCCGAGCUGCAACAGGCGGCCUCCGGGGAGCGCCACUCGCUGCUGCUGCUGAGCAACGGCGAGGUGCACUCGUGCGGGGACAACAGCCAUGGCCAGCUGGGGCGGAGGGGCGUGCAGAGCGAGGAGCAGCCAAAACCAAUUCACGCACUGAAAACUCUACGUGUUGAUCUUGUGAGCUGUGGAAAGGAACACUCUCUUGCUGUCUGUUACAAAGGAAGGGUCUUUGCAUGGGGGGCUGGUUCUGAAGGGCAGCUGGGAGUUGGAGAAUUUAAGGAAAUAAAUCUUAUACCUACGAAGAUAAAAACUCUGACUGGUAUAAAAAUUAUACAAGUUUCCUGUGGACACUACCAUUCCCUGGCAUUAUCAGAAGAUGGCCAACUGUUUUCAUGGGGAAGUAACAGCCAUGGGCAGCUGGGCCUGGGGAAGGAGCGCCCCUCCCAAGCCAGCCCGCAGAGGGUGAGGUCCCUGGACGGCAUCCCCCUCACUCAGGUGGCCGCAGGCGGGGUCCACAGCUUUGCCCUGUCUCUCUCUGGGGCUUCAUUUGGCUGGGGAAGCAACAAUGCAGGGCAGCUGGCCCUCUGCAAGAAUAAUGUCCCAGUACUGCAAAGCUUCAAGCCUCAUUCAAUUGGUGCGCUGAAGAAUCUAGGUGUGAUUUAUAUCAGCUGUGGUUAUGAGCAUACUGCAGUGCUUACCCAGACUGGGAAAGUGUUCACAUUUGGAAGCAAUAGCUAUGGACAGCGAGGACACAGCCCCACUGCUGAGAAGGAAGGUCCACAACUCAUGGAAGGAAUUGAUGGCCUAGUUUCACAGAUAGAUUGUGGAAGUUACCACACCCUUGCAUAUGUCUACACCACUGGAAAGGUAGUGUCUUUUGGUCGCGGACCAAGUUGCAAAAGCAGACCAACUCAUCCGGAGGCUCUGACAGAGAACGCUGACUUUACCUGCCUGAUUUCUGCUGAUGACCUUGCGGAUUUUCAAGUCAAACAUAUUUUUGCUGGAACACAUGCCAGUUUUGUGACAACUUAUCAGGAUACCAGUUCCACAGAUGUUUCCAGGAAAAUCCUGCCAGAAAUAAGCCAAAUUAACCAGCCCCUGAUGGAAAAAUGGAUAGCAGCGGCAACAGGAAGCACUAGCCUUGAAGUGGCUAAGAGUGAAAUUAUGACGAUAUUUUCAUCUCCUGCUUGUCUGACUGCAAGUUUUUUAAAGAAAAGAGAACUUGUAGAAACGAUUUCCAUUGAUGUGGACUUACAAAAGGCAAGAGAUACCUUCGAGAAGUUAACAAAAACAGAAUGGAUUUCUUUCAUGAUAACUACAUGUCUCAGGGAUAGUCUGCUCAGAGCUCUUCCAUGUCGUUCUUCACGCCGAGAAGCAUUAUCAGUUUUCCUUCUGCUCCCAGAAUGUCCUGUGAUGCAUGAUUCUAGGAACUGGAAGAGUCUGGUGGUUCCAUUUGCAGAAGCUGUUUGUAAGAUGAGUGACAAAUCUUCACAAAUCCUGAAGCAGUGUUGGGCAUCUUUGCAAGAAUCUUCUCUCAACAAACUGGUCCAGAUGCUUAAAACUGCCAUUAUUUCUCAGUUGUGCCAGUGGACUGAACACAGUCAGAGUUACUGCAAUCUUAAAGCUCUUCUAGGAGUGAUGAAAGAAGUACAUAAGGUAAACACAGCUAACUGCCAACUACCAGAAAAUACUUUCAAUAUAAAUGGACUCUCCGAUUUGUUGAGGUUUUAUACGUGUCCAAGAAGAUUGUUCUUUGGGGAUAACAACCUGAUACCUGCAGAAAACCCCAGCCCCAUUGUUUUAAGUGAUUUUCCAUUUAUUUUUCCUUUGCAAUCCAAAAUUCUAUUAUUACGAGCUGCGUCCCAUUUGAAAAUGCUGGACUUAAAACAGAAAGAAUACCUGGAUCGGGGGCAAGUGAUUCUGCCAUACGAUGAAUUCCUUACACUUAGAGUCAGACGAAGUCACCUGGUUGAAGAUGCUCUGCGUCAGUUAAGCCAAGUUGAAGACACUGACCUCUGUAAAGUAUUUGUGACUGAAUUUAUUAAAGAAAUUUGUUCUCGGGGGCACGGGGUAAUAUCUGAGUUCUUCUACUGUAUAUUUGAAGAGAUGACCAAGACAGAAUAUGGAAUGUUCAUGUAUCCUGAAGAGGGUUCCUACAUGUGGUUUCCUGUCAGUCCUAAAUUUGAGAAGAAGAGAUAUUUCCUUUUUGGAAUACUGUGUGGACUCUCCCUAAACAACUCAAAUGUCGCCAACCUUCCUUUUCCACUGGCUCUGUUUAAGAAACUUCUGGAUCAAAAGCCAUCAUUGCAAGAUUUAAAAGAACUCAGUCCUCUUCUAGGGAAGAGUUUGCAAGAAGUUCUAAAUAAUGAAGCUGAUGACCUUGGAGAAGAACUUUACAUAUAUUUUUCUGUGAGUACCAAUAUACACUGGGACAAUAAAGAUGUUGCUUUAAUUCCAAAUGGGAUCUCUGUACCUGUGGACCAAACCAACAAGAAAAAAUAUGUUUCUGCAUGCAUUGAUUACAUUUUCAACACCUCUGUAAAGGCAGUUUAUGAGGAAUUUCAGAGAGGAUUUUAUAAAGUCUGUGACAAGGAAAUACUUUUUAAACUUUUCCAUCCUGAAGAACUAAUGACAGCAGUGGUUGGAAAUACUGAUUAUGACUGGAAACUGUUUGAAGAGAAUUCACGAUAUGUUCAAGGAUACCAUAAAUCACAUCCUACUAUACUGAUGUUUUGGAAAGCUUUCCACAAAUUAACCUUGGAAGAAAAGAGAAAAUUCCUCUUUUUUCUUAGCGGAAAUGACAGGCUGCGUGUAAGUGGCAAACAGGAAAUAGGAAUCCUAUUUCGCUGUCCUGAAACUUUCAGUGAAACAGACUACCCAAGAGCGCUGACCUGUCAUAAUAUUCUGGACCUUCCUAAAUAUUCUACAAUGGAAAAAGUGGAGGAAGCCCUUCAAGUAGCCAUCAACAGCAACAGAGGAUUUGUCUCUACGUCAUAGAGCAACAGUGAUCCGGAGAGUUUCAGUGAGGCCUCAGAGCCUCAGGCCCUCUCUUCGACUCUUCUGUUCUUCCUCAGGUCUAAGUAGCACAAAGGGUUGAUAGGUUUUAGGUAGAAUUAGUUGACAAAUGUCGGGAUAAACAAUAAAAUGAUGAAUCAAGAAUGAUUAAAAAAAAGUAAUUUUUAAAAAUGAAUCAACAUUUCUUGAUCCCUAAAUUUGUUAUCAGAAUGUUUGCUUUUUACUGAAUUAUUCCUGAACAAUAAUUAUCAUUUAAAAAUAAGUUGAAUAUUAAAAGCUAACAUAUUUUUUAAAAUAUUGUAUAUCUAAUAAACACAUUGUCUGCAAAUAUGAAAGAUAUGCUGAAGCUUGAAAAAAAUAAAAAUAAUUCAACAUGUUUUUGAGGCAUGUAAAUGUGUAUU